CGUUGCAAAACUGUUUACCGUUAAAACGUUUUGCUACGACAUGGAUUAAAUGAAUACAGCCCAGGGUGACAACGCCGAUGACUUUCUAUGAACAUGGCCGCUCAAGAUGAACUCAAUCAACUGGAGCGAGUUUUCUUGCGUUUGGGCCAUGCAGAGACUGAUGACCAACUCCAGGACAUUAUAUCCAAGUUCCUGCCCCCGGUCCUCCUCAAACUGUCCAGCGUGCAGGAGGGAGUCAGGAAGAAGGUGAUGGAGCUCCUGGUCCACCUGAACAAGAGGAUUAAAAGCAGGCCGUUGAUCCAGCUACCAGUAGAGACCCUCCUGGUUCAGUACCAGGACCCCGCCGCAGCGUCCUUUGUUACGAAUUUCACCAUCAUUUACAUCAAGAUGGGUUACCCUCGACUGGAGGUGGGGAACCAGUGUGAGCUGGCACCUACUCUGCUGACUGCUAUGGAGGGCAAGCCUGAGCCCCAACAGGAUAGCUUGAUGCAUCUCCUGAUCCCGUCCUUGUAUCACAUGAAGUACCCAAAGGAUUCUUCCAACUCUUCCAAGAUGGCCUCUCCCUUCAUCCUGAUGGAGAAACCCAAGACGGUUCAGUUACUGCUGGAGUUCAUGUUGGACGUACUGCUGAUGCCCUACGGGUUUGUCCUGAACGAGCCUCCCACUCGCCCAGCUCCCUCGUCCCCUCAGGGUAGCUCUGGGGCAGCGGCAGCCGGACCGGGCCUCCCCCAGCCUCCUCCAGGGAUGAGCGUCUACGCUGCCAAGAGGGUCAUCGGAGAGGCCCAGUGGAGCCCAGAGCAGCUGGAACAGUGUAAACUCGGCAUAGUGAAGUUCAUCGAGGCAGAACAGGUACCGGAGGUGGAGACGGUCAUACACCUGGUGGUUGCCUCUAGCGACACAAGACACGGCGUUGCCACGGCCGCGGACCUGGAGCUCAAGAGCAAGCAGAGUAUUAUCGACUGGAACAACCCCCUGAUCGUCAACAGGAUGUACAAGGUCUACCUGGGAGACAUCCCCCUCAAAACUAAGGGGGCCAGUCUGAAGAGGGAGUUGAAACAUGAGCCGGUCAGCACCAGAGUCAAGAUGAAGAUCCUACCACAUCUCUUACGCUCACGCCUCGCUGCUGAGUGCUUCCCGGCUAACAUACAGGUGGUGUACGACGGUCUGUUUGGAGCCAACACCAACAACAAGCUGCUCUCUCUUACACUUCAGUUUGUUCACCACAUCUGUCAGGUAUGUCCUGACACCAACAAACCCCUGGGUCUGAUGCUGCUGAAUGGCCUCACCAAGCUCAUCAACGAGUACAAGGAGGAUCCUAAGUUGCUGUGUAUGGCCUACUCUGCUGUGGGGAAACUGUCCAGCCGGAUGCCCCAACUCUUCACCAAAGAUAUCGCUCUGGUCCAGCAGUUCUUUGAGGCCAUGUGCAAGGAGGAGCCUGAUGUCCGUCUAGCCAUCCAGGAGGCUCUGUCUAUGAUGGUGGGAGCCUACGCUAACCUACAGGGGGCGCUACUGAACCUGAUGGAAGCCCUGGUGGCAGCUUACAUGGGCAAGCCUGAGGUGCAGGUGCGUCAGGUGGCAAUGAAGUACGCCAGCACGGUAUUCGCUCCUGAUCACGUGCCCUCCAGAUACUUGCUCCUAUUGGCUGCUGGGGACCCGAGAGAAGAGGUGUGCAGCGAGGCCCAGCGUGUCCUGAGGGCUCUGCCUGCUAAGAACUCGGAGAAAGAGGGCCGUAAACCCAUGCCCUCAUUCCCUGACAUGGUGGCCUACAUCCAGGAGAAGGCUGCUCAGAGGAUGAAGACGCCGGCUAAGUACAUCGUGGGGACGUACACUCUCCCCUUCAACCCUUCUGCGUUUGGCGAGAUCGUGCUGUACCUGCGGAUGUGUCUGGCCCACAGUGCCGGGGCCACGCCCGUCUCCAAGAGCCUGGCGGACAUGCAGGACGACGCGCCUGCCAUCGGACGCUACACGCACGCCCUGCUCUCCAACGAACCCCUGACCUCCCCGUCCUCCACUGGAACCAAGGGGGCAGAGGUCAACCCUGUGCAGGUCUACAUGGAGCUACUGCAGCAGCUGCUGUCUGCUGUAGGAGGAGUCCCUGUGAUGUACUGUCUUCUGGAGGUGGUGUCUGUCUGUCCUCACAACCUGGCCCCCAUGUUUAUCCACAAGAUCGACUGGAUCAAGAGUCUAAUGAACACCAACAAGGAGGACCUAAGGGAGCUAGCAGCUCAGCUCUACGCUGUGGUGGUGUCCACCAUGUCAGGAAACGAGCUGAAGACUGCCGUUCAGACGCUCAUCAAGAUCACUAAAGAUACACACAGCCCCGAGACCCAGCACGGAGCCAUCAUGGCGCUGGGCUACAUGGUGGCCAGGUACAUGAGCAAGAGGAAGUCCUUCGCUAACGGAGACUCCGCCCUCAACCGGGAACAGAGGAUGAACGACACGCCCAAGGAGGACGAGGAGCUGGUCGCUAUAGCAACCAAAGCCAUCGGCUCUUUCCUAGACAGUGGUUCCCCUCUGCUCGCUGUCGCUGCAUGUACGGCCCUCGGGGAGAUCGGGAGGAACGGGCCUCUGCUCAUCCCUUCAGAAGGAGAGGGAUUCACCAAACUAGCCGUGGUGGAGAAGAUGCUGGCUCGCAUCCCCUCUGGGAAAGAGACCCUCAAGAUGAAGGAGAGAGCCAUCCAGACUCUGGGUUAUCUACCAGUGGGAGAUGGAGACUUUGCCCACCAGAAGAAGCUGUUGCAGGGGCUCAUGGACUCUGUGGAGGCCAAACAGGUAGAACUUCAGUUCACAGUGGUUCAGGCCAUCACCAGUGGUUCAGGGACCAGUUCUGGAGCACAGUGGUUCCCUGGACCUGUACUUCAAUACAGUCCCCCAGACAAUGUGGAGAAUAACGAUGUGGUUCCGUGGGUGCUGAACUCUAUCCUGGCUAAGUACAUCCCAAGUCAAAACCCCCACGUCAGACAGGCUGCCUGUAUAUGGCUGCUCUCUCUGGUGAAGAAGCUGCACCAGCACAAAGAGAUCAGGUCUCACCUGAAGGAGAUCCAGACGGCUUUCAUCUCCAUCCUGUCAGACCCUGAUGAGUUGAGUCAGGACGUGGCAUCUAAAGGUCUUGGUCUAGUCUAUGAGAUGGGAGGAGAGGGAGACCAGCAGGAACUGGUGUCUACACUGGUCGAAACACUGAUGACUGGCAAGAGGGUGAAGCAUGCCGUGUCCGAGGACACCGAGGUGUUCCAGGGAGAGGCUCUGGGGAAAGCACCGGACGGACACGGACUCUCCACCUACAAGGAGCUGUGCUCAUUGGCCAGUGACCUCAACCAACCGGAUCUGGUCUACAAGUUCAUGAACCUAGCCAAUCACCACGCCAUGUGGAAUUCCCGCAAGGGAGCAGCGUUUGGGUUCAACAUCAUAGCAGCGAAGGCAGGAGAGCAGCUCGCCCCCUACCUGCCCCAGCUGGUACCACGUCUGUACCGAUACCAGUUUGAUCCCAACCUGGGCAUCAGGACGGCCAUGACCUCCAUCUGGGAUGCUCUGGUCACUGACAAGAACAUGGUGGACAAGUAUCUGAAGGAGAUCCUCCAGGAUGUGAUAUCUAACCUUACCAAUAACAUCUGGAGGGCCCGUGAGUCCGCCUGCCUCGCUCUCAACGACCUCAUCCGAGGACGCAACGCUGACGACCUCAUCGACCACCUGGAGGAGAUCUGGGAGACCCUGUUCAGGGUUCUGGACGACAUCAAGGAGUCUGUCAGGAAGGCAGCUGAUAUAACCCUCAAAACACUGAGUAAGGUGUGUACUAGGAUGUGUGAGUCGUCAGGUUUAGCAGCCCAGAGGACUGUAGCUGUUCUGUUACCAACCCUCCUGGAUAAAGGCAUCGUCAGCAACGUGCCUGAGGUCCGCUCUCUCAGUAUCCAGACCCUGGUGAAGGUGUCUAAGACAGCUGGUAAUAGGUUGAAGCCCCACGCCCCUCGUCUGAUCCCAGCACUCCUGGAGGCUCUCAGUGUCCUGGAGCCACAGGUCCUCAACUACCUCAGCCUCCGAGCCACGGAGCAGGAGAAGAGUGCCAUGGAUGCUGCCAGACUCAGUGCUGCCAAGUCCUCCCCCAUGAUGGAGACCAUCAACAUGUGUCUGCAGCACCUGGACGUGUCUGUUCUGGGGGAGCUGGUCCCCAGACUCUGUGACCUACUGAAGAGUGGAGUGGGUCUGGGCACCAAGGGUGGUUGUGCCAGUGUGAUCGUGUCCCUCACCGUCCAGUGUCCCCAGGACCUCACCCCCUACUCAGGUAAACUGAUGAGUGCCCUACUGAAUGGGAUUCAUGACCGCAGCAGUGUGGUCCAGAAAGCCUUCUCCUUCGCUCUGGGACAUCUAGUCAGGACAUCGAAGGACAGCAGUGUAGAGAAACUCCUACUGAAACUCAACACCUGGUACCUGGAGAAAGAAGAGCCGGUGUACAGGUCGUCGUGCGCCCUGACGGUCCACGCUAUCAGCCACUACAGCCCUGAUGUCCUGAAGGGGCAUGCGGUGGUAGCGUUGCCGCUAGCCUUCUUGGGUAUGCACCAGGCGCCGGGACCAGACGAGGAGAAGGGGGAGAGCCACGACGCCACGCUGUGGAACGAAGUCUGGCAGGAACACGUACCAGGAAGCUUUGGGGGCAUCCGCCUCUACAUGACGGAGCUGAUCGACAUUACCCAGAAGGCCUUGCAGUCCCAGUCGUGGAAGAUGAAGGCCCAGGGCGCGGCUGCCAUGGCGUCCAUCGCUAAGCAACAGACGGGUUCUCUGGUCGCCCCUCACCUGGGUAUGGUGUUGUCCGCUCUACUGCAGGGACUGGUUGGACGCACCUGGACUGGAAAGGAGGAGCUGUUGAACGCCAUCGGCUCUGUGGUGUCUAAGUGCAGUGGUGAACUCCAGAAGUCCUCCCCGGGCCAGCCCAGUGUACCAGAGGUGAUAGAUCUGGUGUUGAAGGAGUGUCGUAAAGACAACCUGGUCUACAAGAUGGCUGCCCUGGGCUGUGCUGCUGACGUCCUGCAGGCCACACAGGAAGACCGCUUCAGUGAUAUGGCAGACAUACUCAUUCCACUCAUUAAGAAGAAUUCUGCAGCAACUUCGAGGUUGAGACAUGAUAGUGAUGACGAUCGGGAUGAGAAGGAGAAGGAGCUGCAGACUGAAGCUCUACUCUGUGCCUUCCAGACGCUGGGCAAGACCUGGCCCAACAACACACAAACCCAGGAGCGUUUCCAGUUGGACCUGUGCUGUCUGAUGUGUGAGAGGUUGAAACUCAGUACAUGGAGGGUCCAGGUGGGGGUGCUACAGUCUAUGAAGACAUACUUCCAGAGGUUGCUACUGUUGGAGAAGGAGAAAGACAACCAGAACUUCACAGCCUUGUCCCUUAUUCUCACAGAGACAUGCAGCGCUCUCACACACCCACUAGAGAAUAAGAGUUACUCCUCUGUGAGGACAGAAGCGUUGUCUGUUGUGGAACUACUGGUGAAGAGGACAGGAGAGAGCGGUCAGUGGGAGUGCGUCUCCCCUCCUAUACCCCCUAGGGGGACAGUGUCUCCCCUCCUAUACCCCCUAGGGGGACAGUGUCUCCCCUCCUAGACCCCCUAGGGGGACAGUGUCUCCCCUCCUAUA